UUUAGAUAUAGUAUCACAUAUAAACGGAAUACUGGGAUGGCAGGCUCGUAGUUUGCCUCAAAAAUAUUUAGUGUUUACCAAAAUCUGUGAAAAUUCAAUGGAAUAAAGAAACAGCAAUAUAAUGGAGAAUAGAAGUUAUAAUAUCAAGAAGGUUAUUCAAGUCCCAGAUGAAAAUGGGAUACUUGAAGAACGCAUAAUUUUCAUAAAUGUCCUUUAUGAGGAUUUAAUUCAACAAAUUGUGGCCUAUGUCACACCCAGAAUUCUUCAGCAAACCCGGAAGAACCUGUCAAAAACGUGUAUCAAAUACGCCCCGAAAAAUCUAGAGGAAAAUUCACAUCCCGUCAAAUCCCAACCCGCCUCCCCUCCCACCAACCCAAAAGAGGAGCACUCUUCGGACAACGGUAUCGCAAAAAUCGCCGCAAUUACCACCGGGGCCGGAGUAGCGGCGGGUGUGGUGGUCCCCACAGCGGCUACAGCAGCCCUGACUACGGCAGGAUUUACGAGCGCUGGAAUUGCGGCAGGGUCGGUGGCUGCGGGGAUUCAGUCUGGAAUAGGAAGCGUGGCUGCGGGGUCAUUAUUUGCAUCCCUCCAAUCUGCAGGGGCCCUCGGAGGGUUCGCUAUUUUGGGGCCGGUUGGGAUUGCGGCCGCAUCAGUGGCAGUUGUUGGAGUUGGAACAGGGCUUUUGGUACGGAAAAUAAUUAAGGAUAAGGCAGCAAAGGAAAAAUAAUUGGCAAAAAUCAACUCAUGGUGAAGAUCAUUGACAAAUUGGGAAAAGCUUAAUAAAUGUCAAUUUAUAGAAAAUUUUUUACGAUA